AUGUCUUCGACAGCCCACUUCUCCGAUGCCGAGGGCUUUCAACAACAGUCUGACAACUUCAUGUCAUGGUUGCAAGCCAGCCCAGGUGUGCAGCUCAACCCCAAGCUCAGACUAGCGGAUCUUCGAGCAACCGGGGCUGGACGUGGUGUCGUGGCACAAAGCAACAUCCCGGAUGGCGAAGAACUAUUCUCAAUCCCACGCGCUAUGGUCCUCACCGUGCAGAACUCGGAGCUGAGGACUUUGCUUGGAGAGAAUCUGGAGGAGCAGAUGGGUCCGUGGCUUUCCCUAAUGUUGGUCAUGAUGUAUGAAUACUUGCAAGGAGAAAAGUCGAGAUGGGCUCCGUAUUUCCGAGUUUUGCCUUCCCACUUUGACACCCUGAUGUUUUGGUCGCCUGCCGAGCUGCAGGAGCUGCAGGCUAGCAGUAUUGUCGAGAAGAUUGGUCGGUCAAACGCUGAGGAGUCGAUUAAGGAUUCUAUCGCUCCUAUUUUGGUAAAGAGGUCAGAUCUAUUCCCGCCUCCUCCUGGUCUCACAUCUUGGGAGGGCGAUGCUGGUAACGCUGCCCUCAUUCAACUGGGUCAUAUCAUGGGGUCCCUCAUCAUGGCCUAUGCCUUUGACAUCGAAAAGGCCGAGGACGACGAGGAUGAGGGAGAAGCCAAUGACGAGAGUUAUAUGACUGAUGACGAAGAGGAGGAGCAGCUUCCCAAGGGUAUGGUCCCGCUCGCGGAUCUCCUCAACGCCGAUGCGGACCGAAACAACGCCCGCCUCUACCAAGAAGAAGGUGCCCUAGUCAUGAAAGCAAUCAAGCCAAUUCAACAAGGCGAGGAAAUUUUCAAUGAUUACGGAGAGAUCCCCCGUGCAGAUCUCCUCCGCCGAUACGGCUAUGUGACCGAUAACUAUGCUGUUUACGAUGUACUUGAGCUGUCAUUGGAAACCAUCUGCCAGGCCGCAGGGCUUGCGAAUGCAAGCAUUGAGUCCCAGCCCCGGCUUGAGUUCCUCUCAAGCCUCGACAUCCUCGAGGACGGAUAUGUAAUCCCCAGACCCGUUAAUGCCAACACGUCUUUGGGAGACAUUUUGCCAGCUGAGUUAGUGGUUCUCCUGGCUACCCUGUCUCUCUCCCCUGAGGAGUUCCAGCAGCGCGUAUCUAAGGACAGGGCUCCCAAGCCAGUUUUGGACGCAAACGCAACCGCUAUCUUAAUCAGGGCGCUGCAGAAGCGACAGGCGGAAUACGCUACAUCUCUUGCCUCAGACCUCCAAUUUAGGGCUUCUCUUCCUCCGUUGUCUGAAUCCGGUGACAUUAAUGAGGGGGCUCGUCGAGUGCGGAUGGCCUUACAGGUCCGCAUUGGCGAGAAGGAGGUCUUGCAGGCUGUCUUGGGCAUGCUGCAGCCCGCUACUUCUGACGCGCUCAACCACGAGUGGCUAGCACCUGCGUCGAAACGAAAUGUCGAGAAAGAGAUGUGUGAGAAGAGGGUGGGCGGACAAGCGAAAAAAGAAGAGGAGGAAUCGCGCAUCAAACCAGCAACCUUCGCCGCCCGCGGAAAUCAUCGAAACAUGAGUGAGUACUAA